AAAAAAACAUAUGAAAAUACUCACGUAGAGGCGUCGAGGUAAGGGUAGCUCCUUUCUUUGCCGGCAAAAUCCACGCGUCCCACGCGAACGUCGCGACAGAGUGUGAUAGGUAGUUGUAAUAUCGAAAGCGUCGCAGUUGCGCAUGUGCGUUGUUACUUGAUAGAGCUACCUACCUAUCUAACAGCUGAUUGCACGUUACUUAUUAUCCGCGAUGGCUCUCGCCGUUCAGGACUGAAAAGAGUGGAGACACGCGAUGUCUGUCAAAUUUUCGACGAUUUCUGCGAAAUCACGCCAAAUGUAGGGCUCGGUCGAGAGAAUCUUUCGAUUCGCCUGAUGCUGAAAAAGUACAAAUGACUGGAAGUCAGUUAAGUUAGGUAUUAGCUGUUACGAGUGAUUGUUAUUAGCGAAAGAGUGUAUAUUCGUGCAUAUAUACAGGUAGAGGCGAAUAAACAAUGAAUUUACUUGAUAAAGAUGCAGCCAAAAAUAACAAGGACUAUAAUGCUCCGUGGAAAGUUGCCAAAAGAAGUUUGGAAUCGUGUGACAACGCUGGAUCAAUAAAGAAUCUGUGCCAUUUGUACUAUGCAGAUUGCGAAGACUCAGCUGUAUCGCCAACUCUGGGGGAAUUCCGUCUGCCAGCUGCAAAAAUGAGCUACGUAGUAGACACUAUUGAAUCAGCGGACGAGGACGACUCCUCUGCAUCCUGUAAAGCUUAUCUCAAGAGACCAGCUGAGCAGACAAAACAAAAAGUUGUCAAACCACCAUUUAAGCCAAAACCUUUGGACUCCCAUUCUUUGGACACAAGUGCUGAGAGCAACACGUUAACGCCAGAGGAAAUCAAUAUCCCACUUGCAAAGCCAAAACCUGCUAUGGCUGAUCUGGUGGAUGAAGAUACCUCUCAGCUAUACCUUCACCAAAUGGUGGCCACUGAUCAGCCGGGCACUACCGAAAAUUACAUGAAGGUGUUCGAGCUGUACCUCGACGAGAGUGACGCUCACGAGCUCAACGAGAAAGACGCCCGCGGCCGCACAGCCCUUCACCUGGCCGUGCAGUUCAGCAACGUCGAGGCUAUUGCUGCUCUUCUGAUGUGCGGCGCGGACGUGAACGUGGCAGAUCAUCAAAACAAGUCACCUUUUACCUACUGCCUCGAUUCCUACGACAUGCCAAACUACAAGUGCAAUCAGAUGUUCUUCACGUUCCUCGGACACGUUCACAAGCUCGUGGUGAUCGGGUUGCGCGUUAGUGCGGAGAAUCGGCGGUGCUACGCUCGAGCCCGUUCGCGCCACGUGUUUAACGACAAGCAGCUACAGCUCAGCUAUGCCAUCGAACUCGACAAGAUGGAGGACGUAAGGUUGAGCUACUGCACGAGUUUGCGCGACGUGCUUUACCAGAGCGCCGACAAGAUAGCCACCUCGAUGCUGAAACGUCGGACCCUAGAGGAUGUGCUCACUUCCAGCGACUUUUACAAGGAGUUUCCUAAGCUCUGUUGUCUGCUGAAGUUACAGUACAGGCGUGGAGUCACCAGGUACAAGCUUAUGCAGCCAGUGAAGGCAGCUCUAGAGUUGAUCGCAGGGCAAGGACUGCCGGAUCCGUGUAGCGAAACGAUCAUUCGACACCUCGACGACGACGAGGAUCUCAUGAGUCUUAUGAAGAUUAGCGUUGAAGCUCGAGACAAAAGUGCUAGUUGAUAGUCAAGAGACUUGCUUCGGUUGCAUUUUAUUUUCUAUCGCUUUCUAUUACUUUGCAUAAGGGUUACAUUGAAAGAAACACUGCUGUUGUUACGUCUUAUACCGUAAUAAAUGGAACGUUUUGCAGACUA